GGUGGUGACAAAAUGGCUCAGGAGACAUAUUCCUUUGACGUCCCAGAUACAUGUACGAACUUCAAAGACAUGAAUGAGGAUGUGACAAUUGGUGUUGAUGCUUGGUUUGAUGUCAAGGCUUCCUUUCUGACUACCCCAAGAGAAGGGUCGACAAUGGGCUUCCCGCAGAAAGAAUCGUCAUCAAGGGCUAAUCUCCCCCACGCCAUUGUCUCGCCAAUGGUGAAAUCCAGUGAGCAUCCCAGCGAAAAUAUGGAACUGGCGAACGGGGUGCCACCAAAUGUGGUUGGUUCCAUGGCACAGUGGCACGGCGCGUCCAAGGAGGCGGUGGCGGCUUCUACAAGGGCCCCAGGAAGGGUGGCAAGAAUGCUCUCCGCUCGGCGGAAGAGCGCCCAGCGCAGACUCAUGGCCAAAAGCCAUGCAGAGAAAUGUACUGCUCCCUUGGCCAGUGAACAAGAUCCCCCUCCUCCCAAGAAACAGAAAAUCCUUGUCAGACUUCCUAAGAAAACUAAGCCCUGCGCACCUGCCCGUGUGUGGAGAUCUAAUAACCGGGAGAAGCUGGCUGAAAUUCCCGUGAACAGAGCUGUCUCGCCAGUGAAGGCCAAAGUGCCCAUCGCACUUGCAACACCAAAGAGGAGGAAUCCAUCUAUCAAAGGGAAGUCCACAGAGGAGUUGGAGCUAGAGAAAAUGCAGCAAUUGCAGCAAGAGGUGACUGAGUUGCGCAGGAAGAACGAGGAGUCUCUAAAAGUGGCCAUCGCCGGACCAGGGCAACCUGUGAAGCCUGUGAGCCAUAUCACCAAGGCAGUUGACAUCCACUUCUGCACAGAUGACAGGAUUAAACAACACGGGGAAAGCCGGCCUGCCACCGAGUACAAGGAGGUGGAUUUCACAGCUGCCCUGCGGAAGCACCCGCCAUCUCCGGCCCGAAUGGCAAAGGGACCCACGAUCCCCAAACCCUUCAACUUAUCUCAGGGCAACAAAAGGAAGAUUGACGAGGUUGCCCCAGAGUACGUAUCCAUCGCUCAGCAGGUUCAGAACUUCCAUAAACGCACCCCUCCACGUUACCAUUUGAGGAGCAGGAAGGAGGAGGAGGAAGGCGUAGCUCAAAACAGACCCUUGAAGGCCAAGCUGACCCGCCCACAAACUCCUCUCCUUGAAACCAAGAGCCGCUUGAGGCCGGUCACCUGCAAGAGCGCCGCGGAACUGGAGGCCGAGGAGAUCGCCAAGCUCCAACAGUACAGGUUCAGAGCUCAAGAGCUCAACCACCGGAUCCUGGAGGGUGGGCCGAUCUUGCCCAAGAAGCCUCCCUUGAAGGUGCUCACGAAGCCCAUCGGCUUCAACUUGGAGAUAGAGAAACGCAUUCAGGAGCGCGAGAGCAAGAAGCCCCAGGAGGGGGAGGAGCGCUUUGAGUUCCACUCGAGGCCGUGUCCGACCAGAAUCCUGGAGGAUGUGGUGGGUGUUCCAGAGAAGAAGCCGCUUCCUAUCACAGUUCCCAAGUCCCCAGCCUUUGCCCUGAAGAACAGAGUCGGUGCCCUGGCUCGAGAGGAGGAGAAAGACAAGGAAGAAGAAGCGGUCCCUGUGAUCAAAGCCAAGCCGAUGCCACACUUUGGGGUGCCCUUCAAGCCUAAAACCGCAGAGCCAAGGCAGGUGGAGAUGUGCCCUUUUUCCUUUGAGUUCCGGGACAAAGAGAGGCUGCUCCAGAAAGAGAAGAAAAUUGAAGAGCUGCAGAGAGAAGAGGUGCCCAAGUUCAAAGCCCACCCCCUGCCUCAGUUUGGACACAUCAGCCUGCCGGAGAAGAAAGUGAAGAGCGCCACCAAGCCGGAGCCCUUCCAGCUGGCCAUCGACGCACGAGGGGCUCUGAAGCAUGAAAUGUGGCAGCAGCAGCUCAAGGAAGAGAUGAAACGGCAGAAGGAAGCCGCCUCUUUCAAGGCCCAGCCCAGCACCGUGGUGCACCAGGAGCCCUUUGUGCCAAGGAAGGACAGCAAACUUCUUGCAGCCCCUGACAUUUUUGAGCUGGCCACGGAGCGGCGGGCCCGCGAGCGGCGGGAGUUUGAGAACCGGCUGGCGGAGCUCGAAGCCGAGAAGGUGAGGCUCGAAGAGGCGACCAGGCUGGCUGAGGAGGAGCGCGCCAGGGCGGAGCUGGCCACGCUCCGAGAAGAGCUGGUGCACAAAGCCAACCCCAUCCGCAAGUAUUCGAAUGUGGAGCUGAAGCCCAGCGAACAGUCAUUGACGGUCCCGAAAUCGCCCAACUUCUCCGACCGGUUUCAGCGCUGA